UCUGUGAUGGGACUAUUGUGCAAGCGAACAUUGCAAUGGUGAUAUUCAAACAAUAUAUUGUGCAGGCCUUGCGAGUGUUCUCACCUGAAACUGUAUUGUCCCUCUCCAGGUACCUCAUUGACACUCUAAACUGUCUGAAGAACUAAAACCUGCUGAAGAAGAAGCAAAUGAGAUUUAGAUCCUCGACCAAAGCUGACACAAUGGCGUCGUCAGCUCUUUUCGGGCCCGGUGUGGCUCUCGUCCUCCUCUUCUUCACGUUGACAUCCUGCACUCCAUCCGGACCGGCCUCUGACACCUGCGCAACCCUUGAACAGAGUCGCUUCUUCGGCGUUUUCUCCUCUACAACCAACCUUCCGUCUGCGCCGUGCUCCUGGACCCUGCAGAACCCAGACCCUCGUCGCUACACUGUCUACAUGAAGAUUACCAAGCCAACCGAUUCCUGCACACCUAGGCAGAUCAGGACCUUCCAGUUCGACUCCUUCAUCGAGACAUCCCGUACUUACCUUGGCAUGGAGAGCUAUGACGAAGUAGUCAGGCUGUGUGAUGCUUCGACCACUGUCACCUACAUCGAAUCCAGCAAGCAGUUCCUGCAAAUCCGCAAGGUGGCUUCAAGCAACGGUCUGGAGGAGAUCGCACAGAAUGACAUCAGCGAGUUCAAGACUGAGUUUCUAGUUGUUGGGAAAAGGAACCCGAGUAUGCCCGCCUGCCAGAUGCUGUGCCAGUGGCUGGAGAAGUGCCUGUCUAGUAGUACCCACGACUAUCCCUGCGGCAUCAUGAACACCCCAUGCCAGUGUUGGGAGACCCCCAAAAGGAAACCAGGCAGCUGCUACAGAGGUGGCGUCUACGUUGAGAAAUGCUCUCCAGUGCCAAGAGACAACGGACAAAAUGCUGAGAUCAUCAAAGGCUGGGCUGGUUGGAGCCGUUGGUCAGUUUGCAGUCAAGAAUGCGGGGGAGGCGUCCAGGUUCGCAGCAGAGCCUGUCAGCCUGAUGAUGCUGUCUGUGAAGGGACGGUUGAAGAAGGCCGGACAUGCAACCCACAGGCCUGCAUAGGUAACACCACGUUUUCCUGGGUUAGGGUUAGUCGAACCAUUUUCACUGCAAUAACCCUUUGUUUCUUCUCAGGCAAAGAGCGUAGCAAGAGUCAAGGGCUACGGGCCAUUAUUGGUAUGAGGAGGGACCAUGCCGAUGAUUCUAGCCUUGGAGGAGUCUCAACCCAAAUCUCAAACACAAAAACCGAUGAGUGGUCCCCUUGGAGUGCGUGUUCAGUGACAUGCGGUGAAGGUUGGCAAAGCCGCACCCGUGUUUGCGCGACCUCCUCCUUCAGCACUCAAUGCACCGGACCCCUGCGCGAAAACAGGCCUUGCAACAACACCGCCGUCUGCCCAGUGGAUGGCGCUUGGGAUGAAUGGACCCCGUGGAGCUUGUGUUCAUCCACAUGUGGUCGCGGUUACCGUGACCGCACUCGCACGUGUAGGCUGCCCCAGAACGGAGGAGAGCCUUGCAAAGGCCCAUCGAGACAGAACAAGCUCUGCAACAUUGCUGUAUGCCCUGUGGACGGACACUGGAACGAGUGGUCUGUCUGGAGUCCAUGCUCGGCUUCUUGCUCCAAUGGUACCAUGCAAAGGACACGAGAAUGCAAUGGGCCGUCGUACGGGGGUUCAGAAUGCCACGGGAGCUGGAAAGAAUCCGUCAACUGCUUCCUGAAAGAAUGCCCUGUUGACGGACGUUGGAAUGCUUGGAGCUCCUGGGGCAGCUGCAGCAAGACUUGCGGUGGAGGCAUCCAGCAGAGACAAAGAGCUUGUGAAGGGCCUUAUUUUGGUGGGGUACCUUGCCCUGGCGAGAGAGGAGAGCAGAAGCGCUGCAAUGAGAAGCGAUGCCCUGAGCCCCAUGAGAUUUGCCCCGAGGAGAACGCUGGCGAUGUUGUGUGGAAGAAAACACCAGCUGGAGACAUGGCUGCCGUCUCAUGUCCUGCCGACACUGCAGGUUUAAUUCUUCGCCGGUGCAGUCUUAAUGCUGUUGGUCUAGCCACUUGGGAGAACCCGACUUACAUCAAGUGUGUCUCCAAAAACUAUGAGAACAUUCAAAUCUUGUCAAGGGACUACAUUACGAAAGCGCAGACCGGGCAAGCCGUGGAUGGCAUCGCCGAGGUGAUUUCACGUCUGAGGUUCUCAACGGAUGAAGGCGCAACUUACAGUGGAGAUCUCAUGGCCAUCAUGGAAAUCCUGAAGAACGUCACUGAGACAUACCAGGCGAACAAGCUGAGGCUGAGCAACGCCGAUAUAGAGAACUAUGUCCAGACCAUCAGCAACCUCCUGAAAGAGGAACACCAUGACAAAUGGGAAGAGGCACAGCUGAUGGGUGCCAACGUCAAGGAAUUUUUCCUUCUCGUCGAGGAGUCUGUGAACAUGAUCGGCAUGCAAAUGAGCGGCUUCCAGGACAUUUACGAAGUCACCGAGAAUUUAGUGCUGAGCAUCCACAAGAGGCCAAGUACUACAAGCGCCAACUUUACUUUCCCUGCUAAGGGCUGGAGGGGCAUGUUAGACUGGGUCAGGACAGCUGAGGAGAAAAUAUCGGUUUCCAGAGAUGCUCUGGCUAUUGAGCCGACUGAAGGCAAUGAAGCAUUUGUGACUGGCAUCGUCCUGUACAGAAACCUCUCUUCAUUUCUUUCCUUUCAAAGCAAUUCCACCCUGCUCAAUUCAAAGGUGGUGACAGUGAUCGUCAAACCUACCCCUGCGCUUUUGUCUUCUCCGGUAGAGAUCGAGUUUCCACAUCUCCACAACGACACCAUUAAUGAGACAUGCCUCUCAUGGGAUGAAAGUGAAACAUCCUCCCUGCUCGGAUCGUGGUCUGCUCGGAGCUGCAGAGCCGUGCCCGUUCAUUCAUUCAGAACCAAAUGUGUGUGUGACAGCCUCUCCACCUUCGCCAUUUUAGCACGCGUCAACUUCGACUCGAUCAUGGACAAGGCACUUCUCCCAUCCGUGACUCUCAUAGUUGGCUGUGGGGUGUCCUCUCUUACCCUUCUCCUACUCAUCAUCAUCUAUGUCUCAGUGUGGAAGUAUAUCCGCUCUGAGCGCUCUGUUAUUCUCAUCAACUUCUGCCUGUCUAUUAUUUGCUCCAAUGCUCUUAUUCUGAUAGGGCAAACUCAGGCUCGCAAUAAGGUGGUUUGCACACUGGUAGCAGCUCUCCUGCACUUCUUUUUCCUUUCUUCUUUCUGCUGGGUGCUGACAGAAGCUUGGCAGUCCUACAUGGCUGUCACUGGUCGUCUGCGCAACCGCAUAAUUCGCAAGCGCUUCUUGUGCUUGGGUUGGGGCUUACCCGCAUUGGUGGUGGCCGUGUCUGUGGGCUUCACAAAAGCCAAGGGAUAUGGUACCGUCAACUACUGUUGGCUCUCUCUUGAAGGCGGCCUUCUCUACUCCUUUGUUGGCCCGGCUGCUGCUGUUGUCCUGGUGAACAUGGUCAUUGGUAUUCUGGUCUUUAACAAGCUUGUAUCCAAGGACGGCAUUACCGAUGUGAAGCUGAAGGAGAGAGCUGGGGCAUCACUGUGGAGCUCCUGUGUGGUUUUACCUCUCUUGGCCCUCACAUGGAUGUCUGCCGUACUGGCUAUCACGGACCGUCGCUCCGCCCUCUUUCAAAUCCUCUUUGCCGUUUUCGACUCCCUAGAAGGUUUCAUCAUUGUCAUGGUCCACUGCAUCCUUCGUAGAGAGGUUCAAGAAGCUGUUAAGUGCAGAGUAGUGGACCGCAAAGAUGACGGCAAUGGAGAUUCUGGAAGCUCGCAUCACAACGGCCACAACCAGCUUACGUCGGAUAAUGAAAAGGAUGGAGAUUCGAGCAGACAAGGCAUGAGCAGCUCACCCGAAGAGAAGAUGUCUCCUCCUCAAAUGCCUCUUCCCAUGGGCCCCAAUUUCCACACCCUGCCGUCCAAUAAGAGCCACAUGCAGGCAGUUCCUGAAUAUUCCAGCCACACUCUCACCCUUAAGAGAGAAAAGAGCCGUCUGGCCGGGGGAGUCGACCCCUCUUGCGGAAAACCCGUCUACGUAUGCGAGGGAGAGCUCUUCCAACAGUUGGAUGUCGAUCUGGCUCGCGUUCAGGCGGAGGGCGGAGUCUCUGACGGUAGCGGUUACGUGCUCAUGCCCAAUACUACCUCCACUCUGAGAUCCAAGCCUAAAGACGACCCGACGAAAUACAACAUCAGCGUAGAGCAGCUCCCUCAAGCCAGACUCAUGCACCUGAGCGGCCCCUUUGCUGAACCUCAGGCCGCUUUCGCCAUCAAGUCCAUUCCCUGCGACCAGGUCAGCGUGUCUUAUUCCGAGAGGGACUCGCCAAUCCAAAACAUCCACAAUAUGUCCAGCGAGUCUCACAUCACUCACAGCAGCCUGGAGAACACUUUUGAGUCGAUGAACUCUAUGAUGUCCAAAAGCGAGACCAUCUCUACCUUGUCCAUGAGCUCCUUGGAGAGACAAAAGUCCCGGUAUGCUGAGCUUGAUUUCGAGAAAAUAAUGCACACAAAGAAACGUCACCAGAACAUGUUCCAGGACCUGAACAGGAAGUUACAUCAUGCUGAUAAAGAUAGAGAAUCGCCCGCCUCUGAUAGCAAGUCUGUGAGAUGGAGCGUAUCAUCAGCAGGAAGUGACAAAACGAACCACAGCGACAAACAGCAGGGUCCUUUGGAGAGGCCUUGGGAAGGAGUACGAGGCUUACCGCAGCAGUCUCCUCCCGCGUGGGUGCGCAAAGACUUGGAACCUCUCGCUGCCUCGCCACUGGAGCUGCAUUCCGUGGAGUGGGAGAAGAGCAGCACCUCUAUCCCCAUGGUGGGUCAGGACAUCAUUGACCUGCAGACAGAGGUCUGAGGGCAAAGGGCUAGCAAGCAAGGCCUUAUUUUACCUCGGUUACCUGUUGGGACUUGUGCUCCUGUAUUGGUAAAUACGGGAAAUCAAGACAGUUAGUCGGUCCGAGAAUCUAUGUCUUCAAAUCCUCAGCCAAGAGUGGAAGAUUAAGUUGGAGUAUUAUUGUCAAAAAGGGGUGGUGGAGAGUUCUCCGGUCCACACGGACUAGAACUCGCUGUGGUUCCAUUAAUGUUCGCUUGAACCUGGAAGUCAGAUGACGUUGCUAAUGAUGUGUUGCUUUUGACCGUCAGCUCAACUUCAGAGACAAACUAAACAAUAUCACAAGGUUUAUUGUUCCUGCUUUUUGGGAGGAAUAAGAUUAAGAACUUCUGGCUACAGCCAAAUUCCUUUCCGACUAGAACAAAAGAGAGCAAAAGCAAGCGUUUCCUAUUUGGUGUUUGCUAGGCACAGAUUUUUUUGAUCCUAUUAUAUUGUUUGGAAUCAGUUUAGAGUUUUAUUUCGAUAUUAUUACCUGUUUUUGGUUAUACAGUGAUCCCUCGCUACUAAGCGCCCUGAGUCCAUUGCGGAAUUUUUUUCAAUUAAAACAUAAAUAACAAUAGAUGAGCUGUCCCGAUCCGAUCACGUAGUCUCACUCUUGCUCCUGCUGCUUUUCUUCUUCUUAGUUAAAGGGAACUGCGGAUUGAAAAACUUGUUGUUCUUAAAAGAUAAACGUUAUUAGGGCUGUUAAUUACAGCUUAAAAAUUGAUUAAUCGCAAUUAAUCGCAAUUCAAACCAUCUAUAAAAUACGCCAUAUUUUUCUGUAAAUUAUUGUUGGAAUGGAAAGAUAAGACACAAGACGGAUAUAUACAUUCAACAUACGGUACAUAAGGACUGUAUUUGUUUAUUAUAACAAAAAAUCAACAAGAUGGCAUUAACAUUCUUAACAAUCUGUUAAAGCGAUCCAUGGAUAGAAAGACUUGUAGUUCUUAAAAGAUAAAUAGUACAAGUUAUAGAAAUUUUAUAUUAAAACCCCUCUUAAUGUUUUCAUUUUAAUAAAAUUUGUAAAAUUUUCAAUCAAAAAAUAAACUAGUAGCCCGCCAUUGUUGAUGUCAAUAAUUACUUACACAAUGCUCAUGGGUGCUGAAGCCUAUAAAAUCAGUCGCACCCAAGCGCCAGCAGAGGGCGGCAAAACUCCACAAAACACAAUUAACAUGUGGGCAUUUCACUGUACUGUCAUUUAAAUCUGUCUGAGUGGGGCAUGUGCGUUAAUUGCGUCAAAUAUUUUAACGUGAUUAAUUAAAAAAAUUAAUUACCGCCCGUUAACGCGAUAAUUUUGACAGCCCUAGUUAUUAUUAGUUAAAAUCAUUUGAUAUCAAAACAUCUCUUGACGUUUUCAUUUUUAUGCAAUUUGUAAAAUUAGUUUGUUAAUAGGUCGCCAUUGUGGUCGACGUCACAUGGUUACUCUAGCGACAUAAACGUCAUCUGUUCAGCCCUUUCAAAUUGAACUCGAGAAGAACGUUACUAAGCAUGACAGCACUGUCGAUAUUUCACAAAACGAGCAGCAAACUCAAAAUGAACAGGAAAGACGGGAUGAGACGAGACGAGAGUAGGACAAAACCGUGCUACAAAAUGUGCUACAAUGGCGAAACGUCCUACAAGAGGCGAUUUUGACACCCAAAAUACUACCGUGCGCGUUCAGCUUGUUUUGUUUAGAUGCUUACAAGCAGAACAUACUAAAUAUGCCUUGAGAAAAUACUUUGUAGUAAUAUCAAAUAAGGGCGGUUUAAAUACGCCACGUGACUAAUGUGGUCAACAUAUCAACAAUCUGCUUUUAGAGCUACAACUAGAAAACACAAUGCUCGGAAGUAUGAGAGGGAAACACACGCAAAAAGUAUUUUCAGGCAAUAAAAAACUCAAUAAAAACACAAAUAGUAAGUACUUGCCGCUUUUAACCGAUGUGCGAAUGUGUUGGACGUCUCGCCACGUAAAAACCCAAGGCAUGCAACGAUCGAGAAUAUAAACUGUCAAAUAGCAGCAAGUUAAUAUCUCGGCAACAUGCCUAGGAUCAGUUUAAAGACACUUCUAAUGAGCUGGAAUUAGAUGUGGACAAUCUGAACAACUGAAGAUAUGACAAAAUCAUGCCAGUUGUCAUAGCUCCCAGUCCAGGCCAACGACAACAUCACCCUGAGCGUCCAUUGCGCGCAUAAAACAUGGUGCCCUUUGUAUGUCAAAACGUACUAAAUAUUAUAGAUUUUUAAUCAAUAGCAAUUAUUUAAUGAGUUUCUAAUAACACAUUUCAUUAAAAGAGAACAAUUGUGGCUUAUUAUAGCCUACAAAAAGUCCGAGGUUCCCUUUAAUGUUAACAAUGAUUGACAGAUGUUUAGGUUUGAUCUUGCCAGAGAAGCUUGGAAACCGAAACUUCAAAGCACCGCAUGUGUCAAUCAUCGUUUAGCUUGUUAAACACUUGCUGUGGCAACUCAAAGCACCGCAUGUGUCAAUCAUCGUUUAGCUUGUUAAACACUUGCUGUGGCAACUCAUUGUGUGUAGGUGAGCAGCGUGAGCGAAUUUGAGUGGACUCACUCAAUGAAAUAUUUAAUAAAGACAAGCGUUUUUCGACGUUAUUGUUUAAAAAUAAUUCGGUGGGACAGUAACAUGUUUAAAACUUAUCAUAAUUAUUACAUUUGAAGUGGUUAAAAACCUUUUAUUUAAAA